AUGAGAGUAGAAGGUACUAAUUCUGUGUAUGUUGAAAAGGGGGUCCCUGAGAUGCGGUACGAGGAGCUCUUGACAGUGAUCGGCUCGGGGGAUGACGCAGUAAAAGAUUCCAAACAGCUGUGCCGAGGUGCCCCUCUCGAGCCAGUGGGUAGUCUCUCUACCCGCUCCCUCGCAGUCACAUCCAACCGCCGCAAGAUAGUGAGUCUCCUCAUCGCUGCUGGGGCUCCUCUCACCUCCAUGAGGGGCCUCACUCUCCUGCAGCAGGCUUGGAACUCCCCUGAUGUCACAAUCCGAGUACAAGUUCUCAUCACUAGGGCUUAUAAGAACAGGCUGGCUUGGGAGAAGCUGCAGCUCCCGCCUCGUGAACACCUUCUCCACCAGGGUAUAGACCGCAUGCUGGACACUCUAGGAGGCCCAACGCCAUGGCGGACCAAGUGGAAAUACUUGGGUGUGAAGACGCUCACGGCUCUUAUGUGCACAGCCGCCCAGUUUAAUUGCACCAUCACAGUGUUCUUUCUGCAACAGGCAGGGGCUCUGAGCUUCUUGUUGAGUGAGGGUGGCCACACGUCCCUCCACGUGGCGCUCCAUUAUAAACACUGGAGUCUUGCAGCUGUCAUGGUUAAAGACAUGAACGCGAGCCUUUACAUAUCUGACUUGUCGGAAAUUCUGCCAAGGGACAUCAUGCCAAACUACUUACGAGAGGAAAUAGAAGUGGCUUUGCAUGCAAAGGAGAAAAGGAAACUAGAUGAUAUGUAUGAAAAACUGAAAGAUGAGAGCGAAAAAGAUGUAAAGCUUAUAAUCCAACUAACGGACGACCUCUUCUCCAUCUAUCAAAACUCAGACAGCAGCAACAGCUAUGAAAUUCCGUCUUACCUCUCCUCUAUUGUCUGUGCAUCACUGUCAGUAGCAGCGCAGAGAGGACUUCUGCAGCUCAUGUAUAUGAUUGUGAAAGUCUGCGGGAUACAUCCAGACACAGUGGUUGAUUACACCAACGACACCACCGCGCUUCACCUGGCAGCGGCCCAUGGCAUCUCCGGCUGCGUGGCCCUCCUCCUGGAUCUUAAAGCCAAUCCUCUGCAGCCAGACAAGUACGGGCACACGGCCUUGCAUUUUGCUGCCAUGAACUGCCACGACUCAACCUACCAGCUCCUGGCGGCAAUGGUUCAUGAUGAGGAACCAGUGAGCGGAGCAGGUACUGUGCCUUCAGAAAUCAAAGAAAAUGUGGUUAAGUAUCUCAAGUUGUACCGGAAGACGGAGACUGCGAUCAAGGAUAACACUAACGUUCCAGAAAGAGCUGAUCCGGCAGAAGCAACAGUGACUUUACUCAAACAGGUGGGCUUGAGUGACAUCAUAGAUGACUGCAGUGACUUCAGUGUUGACUUCAGCGAGGGUGAGGCAAGGGAAGUGAGCACAGCAGUCCAAAAGGAAUGUCAGAUUAUUGCCGAUGGAGUAGCAUUACAAGACAAGACUUACGAGGGUACCCUGACUCUCGUGGGGAGUUCAUCCGAUGGCACACGCUUAUAUGCACCGGAUGAAUGUGACAUUAGCAUUGUUCUUUCAAAUAUCCCGGAUGUUGAGGUCAUGGUAGUGGAACAGAACGAGCGGGAGGUUUUAGACUGUGGACACAGGCUCAGAAUCGAGGUCAAGACAGACGCACCAAACUUUCAGGGCAACACACUCAUUGAAAACUUCUACAGCCUCAUUACGAGCUACCUGGAAUGCCAUACCCUGCAUGACAAGCGACUGAGCUUUGUUCCCCCUGGAGUGACAAGGACCCAGGUGGGCGUGUCCCUGUCCUUCGCGUGGCAGGGGAGCCAGUACCCGCUCCUACUCGUGGGCGUCGACCUGGUGCCGGUGCUCCCUCUUCCCUGGCCCAAGGACGUGCUGAGACCAGCGCUGACGCCUCCGGACAUUCAGGAGGUCCACCUCAGCAACAAGGCAGAUGGAACUUGGCGAUGCAGCUUUGCAGGAGCCGAAGUAGCGGUAAUCAGCCAGCUCUUGCCUGAGGAACGACGGGUGUUUCUGUCCUGCAAGACGCUGCUGUCCCGCUUGAAGGCCGAGGUGUGGAUGCCCCGAGACGUGAAGUCGCUCUACACCUGGUGGGAUUCCCGCCAGUGGAAGAUUCCCAUUCCGGCCGGAUUCGCGCUCAAGAACGCCUUUCUCAACGUCUUGGAACGGAAGCGAAGGGAGGGACUCGAGUGGCACGAGCAGGACCUGCUCAAGUGGAUGAUCAAAGUGUUUAGGGAAAUGUGCAACGCUGACGUGGAGGUUUUCGCAGAGCAGGAUGAGGUGCAGCCGCGCGAGGUCCUUGUGCCCAAGAAAGUGUACGCUUACUUCGGAGGCGAUUUUGAGAAGCCGAAAGUCGGCGACGGGGCUCCGGAUAUCAUCGAGAUUUUUUAG